AUGUAUGGGCAUACGAACAGCCACAUGGCACAUUUCCAUCCCAAGAUCUGUUGGUGCCAUGGAAUCUCAGCGAAAUACCCAUCAAUGUUCCAGUCCAUACGUCCAUUAUUCACUUCUGCCAAGCCCAAUGGCUACACUGCUCCUCCACCGCCGCCAGCAGCUCCGAAAUUCCUUCCUAAUGCAAAGCAAUCGCUCAUUACAGGCGUUAAGCGAUGGAGUCCCAUGUUAGGACGUCGUUUGGCCACAUUGCUUAUAUCGGUCGAAGAGCAACUCGCUGAUGAAGUCACGCAGAAGAUCCUUCAUGAGGCUCUCACAGAAACAAUGGCAACACUGCGAGAAGUGACAUUCUACCGGUUCUACCAUGUAUUUCGGAAAGGAGAGCUGGAAAGUAUUGUGUCGUCGAUUCCUUCGCUGAACGUGGUUCAUUCCUCAUUCGAACAUGGUAACUGGUGUGUGGUUGUGGAAAAGGUGGCCACCUAA